AACCCCGAACAACCCUAACCCUAUUUCUUUCUCUCUUAUUACUCCCACUCCCUCCCACCGCCUCCUCUCUCAAACAUCAAGUGAUUAAACUGAUAAACUCUCCCGACUCUCCGCUCCGGUCUCCCCCAGCUCUUCGCCUCUUCCUACUCCCGCCGCUAGCCACACCUCCGCUCCCGCGGCGCCGCCGCCAACGGCCAGCCUCUCUGGAUAAAAAAAACAGAGAUUUUUCUGGUACGGCCCUGCUCUAUGGAAAAGCUCUUAUCACCCCCUCGAGCCCCGUUCGCUUUCUUGCCACCCUUUUCCUCCUCUCCCUCUUCGUCUUCGAUCAGCAGACGAUCAGGCCAGCUAGGGUUUCGGAUUCAGCCCACCCCUCCUCGGCGAUUCGAACCACUUAGGGUUUCGUUGAGCAGUUCAGAAGGAGUCACGACUACGAAGAUGGAGCAUCAUCGUGAAGAGGAGGUUGUUGAUCUUGAGUCUUUUAGCAUUAUGGCUUUAUCACCUUUAGAUGGCCGAUAUUUGCAGAAAGUCAAGGAUUUGCACCCAUUCUUUAGUGAAUAUGGGUUAAUCCGUUACCGUGUAAUGGUGGAGGUAAAAUGGUUGCUAAAAUUAACAGAAAUACCUAAAAUCAAGGAGCUUCAAAACUUUAGCGAGAAUGCCAGGUCUUAUUUAGAAAGUAUAGUUAGUGGCUUCAGCAAAGCUGAUGCUCUGGAAGUGAAAAAGAUUGAAAAAGUAACUAACCACGAUGUUAAGGCAGUGGAAUACUUCUUGAAACAGAAAUGUCAAUCCAAUGCUGAGAUCGCUGAGGUACUGGAGUUUUUCCAUUUUGCUUGUACAUCAGAGGAUAUAAAUAAUUUAGCCCAUGCAUUGUCACUGAAGGAGGCGUUCAACACUGUCAUAUUUCCUGUGAUGAUUGAGUUGUCAAAUGCAAUAUGCAAAUUAGCGAAGGAAAAUGCUCAUAUCUCCAUGUUGUCUCGCACUCAUGGACAGCCUGCUUCACCCACUACUUUGGGAAAGGAGAUGGCAAAUUUUGCUUUUAGACUAAGUGAAGUAGGGAAGACCUUUACAGAAGUGCAAAUAUUGGGCAAGUGUGCUGGAGCUGUUGGAAACUACAAUGCACAUAAAGUUGCAUAUCCUGAUAUUGAUUGGCCAACUGUUGCAGCUGAGUUCGUGACCUCUUUGGGGUUAGGUUUCAACCCUUACGUGACACAGAUUGAGCCGCAUGACUAUAUCGCAAAGCUUUUCAAUGCAGUUGUUCAGUUUAAUAACAUCCUGACUGAUUUUGAUCGGGACAUAUGGAGCUAUAUUUCGUUAGGUUAUUUUAAGCAGAUGACCAAGGCUGGGGAGAUUGGAUCUUCAACUAUGCCUCAUAAAGUUAAUCCCAUUGAUUUUGAGAAUAGUGAGGGCAACUUGUGUUUGGCUAAUGCUAUUUUAUCUGCUCUCAGCUCGAAAUUGCCCGUCUCUCGUAUGCAGAGGGAUUUGACCGAUUCCACUGUUUUGAGGAAUUUGGGUAUUGGAUCUGGGUAUUCUCUCUUGGCAUACAAAAGUGCACUACAAGGAAUCCGGAAGCUUCAGGUAAACGAGUCUCGUCUCAAUGAAGACCUGGACCAGGUGUGGGAGGUGCUUGCAGAACCAAUACAAACAGUUAUGCGCAGAUACAACGUCCCAGAGGCAUACGAGAAGCUGAAGGAUCUCACCAGAGGAAGAGUUGUCAGCAAGGAGAGCAUUCAAAAGUUCACUAACGGCUUGCAAUUGCCAGAAGAAGCAAAGAGCGUUCUCUUGAAUUUGACUCCCCAGUCAUACAUUGGAGAAGCAGAGAGGUUGUCUAAGUCUAUCGACGAUCAUGUGGAUUUGGUGAAUGGGUUCAGGCUUUGACGAGAUGAAAAUUUUACUAAUCGAACUAUUCGUGGUUCAUGUUACUCCCCCUUUGCAUUUUCGUUAUGAGCAAAGGCGGUUGAUACCACAAAACCGUUUGCGUUUGUAUUAUUGUGUAAGCUUGCAAGGGUAAAUUAACAAAAAGGAAAAUGAAAUUGAAUAAAAGCUUGUAGCAUUGUCGGGUGAUCUUUAGGCCA